AUGAAGUUUGGACGAGCGUCAAUCCGGAUCGUGAAAAAAGAACUUUUUAGUUACAAUGACUCCACUGAUAUUGUAUGUGUAAAUUUCAAAGGACGACUUGGAAAUCUCAUGAUUCAAUACAUCUUCUUAUACAUAAUAGCAAAGAUUAAAAAACUAUAUCCUAUUGUCCCUGAUAACUCUGAAUUGUUUCAAGUAUUUAACAUACAAAAUACAACACUUUCUGCGAUGAAACAACCUAAUGCUACGUGCUCAAAACUACCACAACACAAAGAAAGAUGGGGACUUUCAUAUGACGAGAAUUUGCUCAGUGUACCCCCUUCCAAAGGAGUGAGAUUUGAUGGCUACUUUCAGUCAUGGAAAUACUGGAUAAAAUAUGAAGAGGAAAUUCGGGAUAUCUUUACUUUUAAAGAACCAAUACGGAAAAAAGCAAACACACAAAUGAGGAAUAUCCUAAAUCAGAUGAAUUUUAUUGUUAAUAAGGAUAACAUUGUAAUUAGCAUUCACAUCCGAAGAGGAGAUUAUGCAACAGAGGAACAUUAUAAGUACGGCAAACUCACACCCAAUGAAACUUACUAUAAGAAUGCCAUGAAUUAUUUCAAAAAAAGAUAUCGAAGUGUAUUGUUUGUUGUUGGUUCUAAUGAUAUGAAAUGGUCUAAAAGGGCUUUAGGAACCGAGAAGAAUGUGUACUACUCAAUAGGGAAUUCAGCAGCAGAAGACAUGGCCCUGCUUUCUCUCGCUAAUCAUACCAUCAUGUCUGUGGGAACUUUUGGCUGGUGGAUUGGAUGGAUGGCGCGAGGAACUAGUAUAUAUUAUAAGAACAUCUAUAGAGCCGGAUCUGAUUUUGCCGAAGAGUUUCGAAAUGACUCCAUUGAAGACUUCAUUUAUCCUGGGUGGAUUCCCAUGGAAUAA